UGCUUGUUUGCAUCCUCCAAAAUCAGGAUGCUGAUUAAACUAAAUUGCGUUCCAUAAUCGAGGUUCAAGUACAACUAUAGUCAAUGGAAUUACUCUGUCUUACUUUAUGAAUUUAGCCAAAUGACUAUGAUUUAGCCCUGCUUCGGUUGGGGGAGGGAGUUGGACGAGUGACAAAAGUGAAAAAGUUUAUCACUUUCUUAUACAGUGGUUGCCUUUCUGAGUUGCUGGCUGUCAGAAAGAAAACACUCGAAGAUGGCGCGGCGCUGCUGCCGUGCCACGUCUCGGUUUACAGGGGAAAUAUAUACACAUUUCAGAGAGUCAUUCAUAUCUACGAUUGUCAUAUUUGUGUGUUUAACUUUUCCUUUUACCACCGAAGCUGGCUUGUACACCGCUUCUGAUCAGAUAGUAAUCUUAACCCCGGAUAAUGUGGACAGCGUUUUGGUCAAUUCCACCGCCGCACUGGUGGUUGAGUUUUAYGCCUCUUGGUGCGGGCAUUGUAUUGCAUUUUCUCCCGAAUGGAAACGUCUCGCAAGAGAUAUUAAAGAGUGGAAACCUGCUGUGGAUUUAGCUGCCAUAGACUGUGCUAAUGGAGAUAAUGGGCCGAUUUGUUCCCGUUUUGGUGUCAAGGGGUACCCAACACUGAAGUUCUUCCAUGCUUACUCCAAACCUGACUCCAAGGGACAAGGUUUCAGAGAGGGUCCUCGUGAUGUGAGGGGCUUACGCCAUAAGAUCAUCGAGAAGAUGGAGACCCAUGAGGAGCCUUGGCCCCCUGCCUGCCCCCCUCUGGAGACCGCUAGCAAAGCAGAGAUUGACAACUUCUUUGAGACUAACAGUGUGGAACACCUGGCCUUGAUCUUUGAGACCUCUAACUCAUAUGUGGGCAGAGAGGUGACUCUGGACCUACUGCAGUAUGAGAACAUAGCCGUGCGGAGGGUCCUGAGGACUGAGGAAGCCCUGGUGGCUAAACUGGGUGUGACUGACUUCCCAUCCUGUUACCUGUACUAUCCUAGUGGGAACUUCACCAGGCUCCAUGUACAAAAUGAGGCCCGGACCUUCUACACCUACGCCCUGCAGAGGCUUCCUGGGGUACUGCGGGCCGGAAAUUCACCACCAGUGACCUCUGACCUCUUGAAAAACACAACAGAGGACCAAUGGAGACCGUUCAACAGGUCUCGUGUGUAUAUGGCAGACCUGGAGUCUACUCUGCAUUACUCUCUGCGCUUGGAGCUGGCAGCUCACCCUGUCAUCAAAGGAGAGGCUCUGAGCGCUCUACAGCGUUACAUCUCAGUACUGGCCAAGUACUUCCCUGGUCGACCUGUGGUGAGGAACCUGCUGAAGUCAGUGGACACGUGGCUGAAGGGUCAGAACGACACAGAGCUCUCUUACAGCUCUCUGAGGGACGCCCUGGACAACAUAGCAGAGGUCCCCGAUGCUGCUCUGCCUGAGGGGGUGAGGUGGGUGGGCUGCCAGGGCUCCAUGCCCCACUUCAGAAGGUAUCCCUGUGGCAUGUGGACCCUUUUCCAUGUCCUCACUGUACAGGCCGAGGAAGCUGCUGGCAAAGACCCCCAGGAGGUGCUACAGGCAAUGAGGUCCUACGUCCACAGUUUUUUUGGCUGUCGGGCAUGUGCCACCCACUUUGAGAACAUGGCCAAGGAUAGCAUGUCCCAUGUGGGGACGCUGUCCACCGCCAUGCUGUGGCUCUGGUCCCGCCAUAAUCACGUCAACAACAGACUGGCAGGUGCUCUGAGUGAGGAUCCCCACUUCCCUAAGAUCCAGUGGCCAUCCCCAGAGCUGUGUCCCAGCUGCCAUGGGGUUAAGAAGAGUGGAGAACACACCUGGAACCAGGAAGAGCUGCUCACCUUUCUCCGAUCCCACUUCUCCUCUGAACACCUCCUCUCUGACUACCUGGAGAAGGAGGCCCAGCUCCUCAGCAGGCAGAAGGAGAGCCUGGUCGCCAGGCAGCAGGAGAAGGAGCAGGAGACCAAGAGAGGAGCAGAGAGGAGGGCCAGGGCUGCCUUGGCCGAACCACCUCCAGGCCAGGAAGAGGAGGAGGAAGAUGAGGAAGAGGCUCAAGAAGAGCCAGCAGCAGAAGAGGAAGUGGAUCAGAGGGCAAGAGGAGAGCAGCAGGGGGGUAAGACCUCUGAACCCCCCACCUGGGUAAAGCCCGAGGCAGACGUGUCCCGGCAGUCCCAGCGCAGGCCCAGCAUUGUGGGGCUGAAGCUCAGGCCACCCCAGGAGGAGAUUGUGGACCUGGACUCCUUCGUCAACCAGCACUACAAAGCCAAGGCCCUCCGCGCUGCAGCCGCAGGGUUCUCCCGCGUCAAACGCAGGACCCUGCAGAGGCAGGAGGAGCCGCAGCCUGGAGACGGUCUGGAAAAGGGGCCAGGGCUGGGGCUGGGGGUGCAGCCCGUGGAGCCGGAGGACUUGUUGUGGCAGCGCAACACUCUGCAGAAAAGGAUCCUGACGGGCCAGUACACUGGGUCAGAGGAGGAAGGGGCUCUGGAGAUGUACCCCCACCCUAACAAGAGGCGCUGGAUGUCCUUCCUGAGCGUGGGCUUCUCCAGACUGGACAUCAGCCUGUGUGUGCUCCUCUACAUCCUGUCCUCCAUGUGUCUGCUGGCCAUGUACCUCUUCUUCAAGAACCGCCUGCGGCUGCGCCGGGCCAAGGUGGCUCUGCCCUGAGUCAACUCUGCCUUGCUGUGCUACUGUAGAUUUACCCAUACAUGUGACAGUGAAGCUGUGGUCAGUUCUUAAACCAUCCAAGUGAAGGAUCCGUAAUGUUCCGCAUUAAUGGAUGGCUUUGUGGUGCAUGCUUCCGGGAUAAUAAUUUAUGCAUUUUAUUUGGGCCUUUUUUGACCACUUGUGAAUGAUUAAUUAAAACUCGAGGAAAUGAA